AUGGUACAAAGGACUGUGUUGAAGGUAGAUAUUUCCUGCCAAAAAUGCAAAAAGAAACUCCUCAAAUCAGUGUCUGGGCUGAAAGGUGUAGAUAAGAUCGAAAUCGAUGGUGCCAAGGGAACUUUGACAGUAACGGGUGACGCAGACCCUUAUGAAAUAAUAGUCCGUGCAAGGAAAACUGGAAAAUUUUCUGAAGUUGUGAGUAUUGGGCCUCCUCCGCCACCACCGAACCAUGACCCACCAAAGAAGCCCGAAGAGAAGAAACCUGAAGGAAACAAGCCCGAACAAAAGGCCCAGCUCAUGAUCCAUACACCCCAAAACUGCCCCGUCUGUGAAAGAAUUGCUUUUGUCCAAAUCGUCCCUAGGAAUGAGCCCGACCCAUCAUGUACUAUUAUGUGA